AUUUUCGAUAAGCAUCCUAGCGACACGUCCAGCAUGCAGCGUCGUCUCUUGUCUGCAGCGCUGGUGCUGUCCACCUUCUUGAGCAUCUUCGUACGUACAACACUAUUCACUCACUCUGCUACAGCGUUGCAGAUACCAUCGCAAUCCCCCGUCAAUGGUGACAUGGAACAAGUGGUAAAUGUCAUCGUAGCCGGUGCCACGGGGGAUUUGGCCGCAAAGUAUCUGUGGGUAACGAUGUUCCGCUUGGCGUUACAAGGCAAAUCAACCUCCAGACGGACGUUUCGAUUCUUUGCGGGGGCAUCGGAUAGCUUGGAACGAGGAAGGAUAUGGCACAAGAACUUUUUCGAUGAGAAGUUUGCCGAGAGAGUAUGCGGAGUUUUAGAGGACAAUAUUUCGGCAGGUCAGCUCAAGUGUCGUGAGUUUCUGGAGAUGGAAUUCAAGCAGAAUGUGCAGUAUGCACCACUGAGAACGGAGAAUAAUUAUCGAGAGUUGGGGAGAAGAUUGGCGGAGGCGAAUGAAAAUUUCACAAGCGGCAUGGAUGGGAUGCAUUCCACGCAGCGUUCGAGCGAAGAGGGACGGAUCGUGUAUCUAGCCAUCCCGCCUCAAUUUUUCCUUCAGAGUUGUGAGCUGAUUCAUCGCUACUUGAGACCACAACGGGAGGAGACUGAAGCUGCUGCUCCAUUUCUGCGGGUUGUGGUGGAAAAACCCUUUGGUCGAGAUCUUCAAUCAGCUCAUAAACUUGCUACGCGUCUCCGGACAAUAUAUACCGUAAGUCUUGAGAAUGGAACAUUUGUGACCAGUAUUCCUGUCUCUGACAUCUAUUGUUUCCAGAAUGACGAGCUGUUUGUGAUGGACCAUUACGCUGGCAAGCCAGUAGUUCAUGCAAUUCGCAAUUACUUCCAGCUAAAUGCAGCUGAACUGCAUCCAUUUUGGAACUCAAAUUACAUUCACGACAUUCGCAUCGAGAUGACCGAAACAGCAACAUUACAAAACCGAGUGCGUUAUUUUGACAGCGCUGGUAUCAUUCGCGACAUCAUGGUGAAUCACUUGCAACUGCUUCUAAAUGUUGCAGUAGCACCGUCCUUUGACCCUUCAAUUUAUUCAACGGCGCACUCUUCCGAUGCAUUCGCAUCGAGAGUUCAUGACGCUCAAAUCCGAUUUAUCGAAUCACUACAUACGCCCAGUCAGCAGAUGCAACAGCCAGUUUUUGUCGCUCAGUAUGACGAAUAUGCUGCACACUACGAAGCCGAAAUGAACCAAAGCAUCGACGAAAGCGACCACUUCACACCGACAGCUGCCUGGAUUGAACUAGCAAGCUCACUAGAAGAAUGGAGAAACACCGCAUUUCGCCUUGCUGCAGCCAAAGCCACUGCUGAACGCCUACUCUCAGUCACUGUCACCUUCAGAGCCGGCGUAUUUCAAGCUCAACAAUGCUUUUUCGCUGUUAUUAUUCAGCGAGCACUCAACGCCAACCCAAGCGAGGGCCACAGAAUAGAAUGGUCUUGUGAUGUAAGUAAAGUGCUACCCGAUCUCCAACUUCCAAGUGGCUGGGAGUACGUGGAUGUUGAUGAUCAACGCGUCAUUACCUCCAAGAAAGAUGACCAUGGAACUGCUACAUGGGAGUUAGGAAAUAAGCCUUCAGCGUACGAUUUCUUACUGCGAGAAAUUGUAGAUGGCGCUAUUGAGCACUUUGCGGAUUUAGACGAAGUGGAAGCUGCGUGGACACUUUGGACUCCAGUGGUAAAUGCAGCUGAAGCCACACUGGACGAUCGGAAAUACGCGUCAUAUCCAGUCGGAACGUCUCCAUGGUACUCAAAACCACGUUCAUCGGAGACAUCUCAAGAAUUCAAAGAAGAGCUUUAACCAACAAAAUCUUUACAACUUCCACAAGUUCUAAAGGAUAAUCGAAGGCGAAAACUUUCGCGAUGCGUGGUGUAUUUCCCCAUUCGGUCUCUAUCUUCAGGUUCUACACCACUUUCUUAGGCUCAUGCAUUCAGUGUGCCAAUAGCGACUGCAGUGAUGACAAAAGUGAGAGCCAGGAAGCAGCUAGCGAACGGGACUGAGCUCACAAUCGGCUCUGUGAACUCGGUGAUCGCUGCGCCCGGGAAUCCCCACACUUGCUGGCAGUAGCGACUACCGAUGACUUGGAACCAGCAGGGAAUCGUGAGUCCCAGUAGAAAGCCGAACAGUCCUGCAAUGGCGAAGAUGAAGUCCAGACGUUUGAACACGAUAGCGAACAGAAUGGGCGGCACUGCAACCGACAGUCUGCACAGACUGCGUGUGAUCUUCUCACCGAAUCGAUCCGUGAGAUGUGACGGGAAGGACAUGAGCAUGUUGUCGCCCACUGUGACUCCAACCAUCGGGUAGGCCGAUACGACGUUGAUGACGGGGAAAAGCAGAAUAAUGAGCUGGACGAUGAUCCCCACAGGGUUCGAGUGUUCGCACUCUUCCCAUCCAUUUCCACAGCCAGUGUAGGAGCUCCACAUGAGCGUCGCUAGUGGAUUAAUCUUGUCAAACGAGAGCGCUCCAAGCAGACCCACAAGCAGGUAGCAAGUACCAGCAAUUAGAAGCGCAGCAAACGCCACGAACCGCGCUUUAGACUUGGGAUCCAGGGGCUGUAGGGCGUCUGGCAUGUUGUACUGGCAGUUGAGAGCCAGUAAUGUGGGUCCGAAGGCCUUGCCAAAGUUGCCCCAGUUGACUGUUCCAAUGGCAGCAUAGCGAGACGCUACAGCGUCGCUCCCGUCGCUCGCCACUUUGACUGUCAUGGUGAUCAACAUUAGUGCGAAGGCAACGAUACGGUAUACAGAUAGGAAUUUCUGUACUAGCGCUUGAUCGCUGAUAUCCAUGAGCACCAUAGACAAUACGAUGGCUGA